AGUGAGUGUGUAUGUGUGUGUGUUUGGGGUUGCUGGCUGCUGGCUGAGCUGGAAAGGACCUCCGAGCCUGGCAGGAACUGUUGAAAGAAUUUAGAGCAGGUUCAGGAGCCUUCGGAGGAACUCUCAAUGCUGAAUAAAACACGCACAUUCAGGCAGAUUCGCUUCUCUAAAAAGACAAAUACAGUUAUUCACCAUUAAGCCAUUUACUCACGGCGGCGGGCUUUCUGUUUGCAGCUCUAUGUGCACUGCCAAGUGGAGCCAAUUUGGGGAAAGAAACAUUUGAAGAACAUCUUUUCUCCAACACUGUUUCUCAUUUAUCUGAGGUGGGACUCGGAAAGUCGCGUCAUGCCAUAUUUCAACACACUGUGUGUGUACUUUUUGAUGCUCCUGAACCCAGUUAUGACAAACACCAUCACCGAGGACAUAGAGGUUUUGGUAUUUUUGCCACAAAAUAACUCCUACCUUUUUUCACACGCACGAGUCGCGCCAGCGAUCCUUUACGCACAGCAGAGGCUGAAGGCAGACGGGGGACCGUACUCCGGGUUCCACUUCAACAUCCAGUUUGAGAACUCCGACUGUGUCAAUGAUGCUCUGUUUAUGUUAGUGGACAGGUCGUGCGGGCAGAAGCCGGAUCUGAUUCUGGGUCCGGUGUGCGAGUACGAGGCGGCGGCGGUGGUGAGGCUGGCGUCCCACUGGAACAUCCCGGUGAUCUCAGCAGGUGCCCUGGCCGCCGGCUUCAGCAACAAGAACACCGAAUUCUCCCACCUGACCCGCAUCGCCCCGUCCUACGUGAAAAUGGCAGAGACCUUCACCGCGAUGUUUGAGCACUUCACCUGGAAGACCGCGCUGCUGGUCUACGAAGACGACAAGGAGGAGCGGAACUGUUACUUCACUCUGGAGGGAGUCUACCAUCUGAUGGGUGACUACAGCAUUAAAACAUACCCUCUCUCCCAGGAGGACCGAUUGGACACCGACGACAUCCUCCAAAACAUCUACGACACUGAAGUGGUGAUCAUGUGCAUGGGAGCAGACAAAAUCCGAGAGAUCAUGCUGGCUGCACACAGACGACGACUGACCAGCGGCAACUAUAUGUUCUUUAACGUUGAACUCUUCAAUGCCUCUUCUUAUGGCAAUGGCUCGUGGAAGAGAGGAGACAAACAUGACAAUGAUGCGAGACAAGCCUACGCUUCUCUGAACACGGUGACGCUGCUCAGGACGGUCAAACCCGAGUUUGAGAACUUCUCCAUGGAAAUGAAGAAGUCCAUUGAAAGAGCUGGACUGCGUGACUGCAAAGACUGUGUCAACAUGUUUGUUGAGGGAUUCCAUGACGCCUUGCUGCUGUACGCCAUCGCCUUGCAUGAAGCCAUGAAAAAUGGAUACAGUAAGAAGAACGGAACAGAAAUCACCUCACGCAUGUGGAACAGAACCUUUGAAGGAAUCGCUGGCCAGGUGUCCAUGGAUUUUAAUGGUGACAGAAAUGGAGAUUUCUCUUUGAUGGCUAUGACCAAUGUGGAGGCAGGAACCUAUGAGGUGGUGGCCAACUACUUUGGUGUAAAUGGAACUUUUCAGCUGCUUCCUGCCUUCAACGCUGACCACUUCACUCUGAGGGAAAGACAUAAAGCACACACAGAGAUGCCCGACAAAUCAUGUGGACUAGGAGUAUCAGCUUUGACUGGAGUCAUAGUGGGAGCUGUUCUGGGAACUGCAAUGCUUAUAGCAUUCUACUUUUUCAGAAAGAACUACAGGAUUACCAUUGAGCGUCGCACACACAGUGAGGAGGGCGACACCAGGAAGCACCGCCAGCUGCGAGAAGACUCCAUCAGAUCAAACUUUUCCGCCGCAUAAUAUGCAGCAGUGGCAGUCCCUUCACAGAGAAUCACACAUCUGAAUGUGACCAAAGACUGAGAUAUUUUGUGUUUGUAUCCUUCAGUGUUUUCAUUUAUUGUAACUCAGGACAGUUGUAACAGUCACAAAGCACCACUUACUUUGGAUGUUCCUCCAUACAAAGGUAUAUGAUUGUAUUGGUGUAUAGAAAGCUUUGGCCAUAAUAUACUUUUUUUUUUUUUUUUUUUUUAAUAUUCAGAUGGUGGAUACCAUGACUGUGAAUGAUUCAGGACGGACAGUGUAUGUAACACUAUAUUGGCAUGCAGUAGUAGGGUGGGUGGGGCCUACUGUACUCCUGCCUUUCAGGUUGACUAAUAGAGGCCUCAUGUUUAAGAUAGUAAACAAUAAUGGCAGAGCAAAACUUGAUACAGCUGGAGUUAACUGACUAAAAGGGAUAUAGGCUAGAUCUAUAUCUACAUGUAUAGGCUAUAAGCUACUGAUAUUAAGCUACUGAUGUUGUAAUGUUUUUCAGUUCACCAUAACCUUGUUGAGAUCCAUCAGCCUCCGUACAAAUCAAAUUGCUAAUUCUUAGCUUAGCACAUGGCUCAUGAAAUGAAGAAACACUGGGUCACAUACUGGCUCAUUUACAGUGUUUCCUCUUUCAGUGUGUCUGUUUUAGAAAUCCAGGUGCUCCCUGCAUUAAAAAAAUGUUUGUACUACUUUCUGAUAAGGCAUACUUUACAAAGUAUACUUUAUAAAUGGUUAAUACAAGCUUCACUAAAGCUUCAUAGACCAGUUAUAAGAGCAGCAUGGCUCCCAAUGAAUUAAGAGAAAACUACGAUUUGUUGAAACGUGGUUGUUUUGUUUGAAUCUCUGGACUUUGGUUAUAUCAGUUAUGAUCAUGUGACCUGUCUGAUCCUCAGAGUGCUCAUGUUUGUUGCCCCGUUAGGGUAAAAUAACAGUGUCAUCAUAACUGAUCGAACCACUGCACAGAGCUGCAAAAAUAACCGUAAAACAACAAGAAGAUGAUGAUAUGAACAUAUAAAGGAAGUUUCCUGAUGAAAGAUAAACAAAAGUUGUUUAUAUUCAUGGUUUGUUUACUGAUACAUUCAUUAUUAAAUUAUUUAACAUUACCAAAGACAUGUUCCAAAUGAUAAACUCUUUAUAAAUAUUCCUUAUCAGAAAGUGGAACAGAAAAUCAGAUUGAAGUGAUGUUCGUGACAGAUAAUGCUUCAGUGUAAGACAGUCAGUGUGAGAUGCGUUCCAUAAACAGUAGAGACUGCAUGACGAAAAAAAAAAGGCUUUCACUCAGCAUCAGUCAACUUUCCAUUUUUCUAUGAGUCUCUGUCAGUUGGGUUGCUUUAUUCAUGCAGGAUUUAAAGACAAGGUUUUCUUUUUUAUAGAAACAAAAUAAAGACAAUGAACUUAGUACAUAACCUUCCCGAGCCUGCUGGAUUCAGUUUGUGUGUUGAGGAAAAAUGUUCUAACGCCGAAAAAGAGCACUACAUUCAAAUCAAAUCAGUGUAUUUAUAGAGCACGUUUAAAAACAACAAACAUUAAAUGCGUCACAGAGAGAUGAAUUAUGGGAUUAUUUGACUGAUGAUUACAAUCAAACAAAAACACAGACCUAAAUAAGAGGAUGUGAGUACAUUAA